AAUUCUUAUGCUUUAUUUCUUUAGCGCGCUAAUAUAAUUAGCCAAAUUCAAUUCUAAUACACACACACAUUGACGAGGAAGAAAACAAAAAGCCAUUAACAGCUGCGUCAUUCCGAUUCUUUUUUUCUUUUCUUAAUUACCUGAUUUAUCGCGAAAAAAGGUUCGACGGAGAAUCUCUCGGGUGGUUUCUUCCGAUCGGAUUAUGCCAUUUCCUGCGUCGGAACACCGUACUCGUCCGAAUCGUUCACCGUGCCAUUGUUUUUCAUCUCGUUUCUCUAGAUCUCUGUUCCUCAUUCACGGAUUCAGAGAAAUCAGGAGCCUACUCAGGAAGCAGGUGUAAGUAGUAAAAGCUCUGUUUACUCAAGAUUCUUUCCUCCACAUCGGACAUUUUGCAGAAACGUUCCUUGCAAACUUCUUAAUAAUUAUCAAAAUCCCUCAAGGAUGAGGGAUGGGAGGUGAAGGAUUUGAAGAUGGCUGCAGGAGAGGAUCAGAUGCAAGGAUCUUCCGGGAGGGAAGAGAAGAUUUUUGUUUCUGUUCGUUUGAGGCCAUUGAAUGUGAAAGAAAGGGUAAAGAACGAAGAGGCGGAUUGGGAGUGUAUCAACGAUGAAACCGUCAUUUACAGGAGCCAUCUUUCCCUUUCCGAGCGUUCCAUGUACCCCACUGCCUACACAUUUGACAGAGUGUUUGGCCCUGAGUGUUGUACCAAGGAGGUGUACGAUCAAGGGGCGAAAGAAGUGGCUCUCUCUGUUGUUAGUGGGGUUCAUGCUAGUGUCUUUGCAUAUGGACAAACAAGCAGUGGAAAGACUUACACUAUGAGUGGGAUUACUGACUACGCCUUGGCCGAUAUAUAUGAUUACAUUGCGAAGCAUAAGGAAAGAGAAUUCGUUCUGAAAUUCUCAGCUAUGGAGAUCUAUAAUGAGUCUGUAAGAGACCUCUUAAGUACAGACAUUAGUCCACUCAGACUUCUAGAUGAUCCUGAGAAAGGGACAGUUGUUGAGAAACUCACAGAGGAAACUCUGCGGGGCUGGAAUCAUUUUAAGGAGCUUUUAUCAAUCUGUAUAGAUCAAAGACACAUUGGAGAGACAGCUUUAAACGAAGUUAGUUCCCGCUCUCAUCAGAUUCUGAGAUUGACGGUCGAAAGCACAGCACGUGAAUAUUUAGCGAACGAUAAAUUUAGCACACUCACAGCGACAGUGAACUUCAUUGAUCUUGCUGGAAGCGAGCGUGCAUCUCAAUCAUUUUCAGCUGGCACAAGGUUGAAAGAAGGUGGUCAUAUAAACCGAAGUUUACUAACACUAGGAACCGUCAUUCGAAAGCUAAGUAAAGGAAAAACUGGGCACAUUCCAUUCAGAGACUCAAAGCUGACGCGCAUACUUCAGUCUUCGUUGGGAGGAAACGCCAGAACUGCCAUAAUCUGCACCAUGAGUCCUGCGAGAAUCCACGUUGAGCAAUCAAGAAACACGUUGUUAUUCGCAAGCUGUGCAAAGGAGGUGACGACAAAUGCGCAAGUGAACAUCGUCAUGUCUGAUAAAGUUUUAGUUAAACAUUUACGGAGGGAGUUGGCUAAACUGGAGAGUGAGUUGAGAAGCCCUCGUCAAGCUCUUGUUGUGUCUGACACAACUGCAUUGCUGAUGGAGAAGGACCUCCAAAUUCAAAAGCUAAAUAAAGAGGUGUUCCAAUUAGCACAACAGUUAGAAGGGGCUCAUUCUCGGAUUGAUGAUCUCCAACAAAUUAUUGGUGAAUCACCAAUAAAAGAGAUAUUAUCAACAGACUCGGAACAUGCAAAUUUGGUUCUUGGACAUCAAUACCCCAAGCUGCGGGUGCGCAGUUCAUGGGAAUCUCUAUAUAUAACACCAGAAAGCCCAGUAUCAGCUCAGCGAUCCAGUAUGAUUUCCCCACGAUCAACCGACCACGGUUCUGACGAAAAUGUCUUCCAGCUUACCGACUUUAGGAUUGAUUCUGGUGCAACUAUCCCAGGCCAACAACACCUUUCAUAUGUGACUCCUGGGAAAUUCACAAAAGUUCGACUUAAUAUUCGUGGAGCAGAAAGUACAAACAACAAGGGGAAACCUGUAGAUCAGGAGGAGAGGUUGCAUGAAGUGGACGAACCAAGUGAGGUGGGUUCUGGAGAUACUUGCACGGAACUUCGAUGCAUAGAAACAGGUAUCAUCAUGUCACCAGAGCCAAACAAGCUUCAAGACCGGUCUAUGGCUGUGAAGGCGCUACCAGUAUGUGUACCAGAUUCAAAGAACUUAAGACCACCACCAGAAAUUGUAGAAGAAGAAGAGUGUGUAAAGGAAGUCAGUGCUGUCUUUAUCGAACCAAAGGAAAAAAGCGAACCCAUCAAAUCUUCUAACCUCAGAAGAGACCCUACACUUCCAGAUUCUGUCACUCUGUCUCCUGAAAAGCCUUAUAGUUUGCAUCUUGAGAAACAAAGACUAGGAGGCGUUAGGCAUACUAGAAGCCGAAGCUGCGGAACAAGCUUUGUAUCCGGUUCUUCCUCUUCUUUGUAUGAGCAUGAGAGAGAAGCCAACACUCCACCAAACUGGUAUCAGAAAGAAAGAGCUGAGAGCAACCUGAAACCGUCCAACAUCAAGAGGCCGCCAUUACCAACGCAUUCUAGCCGGAUGAGCAUGCCAGCAAAUUGGUUUGAGAAAGACUUCAACCGCAACCAAAGAACGGCAGCUGCUUUAGAUGGUGUUAAUAAGAGAAAGUCAUCAAUGAAUAGCUCACAGGUGUCUUCCUCUAGCACUCCUGUGUCUAGGCUUCAGACAAGUGGUAGAGCUUCCAACAGCCAGGAGGAAUGUGAAGAGAGUGGUCCCCAGAGGGACAAGCGAAUCAUUCAUUUAUCGAUGGAGGAAAUAGAACAGAAGUUCUUGGCUCUGAGAUCAACAAAGAGCUUCAAGGACGCUGCGGUGGACCCAAUACAAGACUAUUUAACCACGCCACUGAACUGGCCGUUGGAGUUCAAGAGACUGGAGAUGGAGAUUAUAGAGCUAUGGCAUGCUUGCAACGUUUCCAUGGCACACAGAAGUUACUUCUUCCUUCUCUUCAGAGGGGAUGAGAAAGAUUGCUUGUACAUGGAAGUAGAACUCCGUAGGCUUAAGUACAUUAGAGAAACCUUUACCAACGAUAGCAAAGCUAUUGAAAACGGACGCACUCUUACAUCAAUGUCCAGCCUAAGGGCGUUGAACAGGGAGAGGUACAAGCUGAGUCAGCUGAUGCAGAAGAAACUGACAAAAGAAGAGAGAGAGAACCUGUUCUUGCGAUGGGGUAUUGGGCUGAACACAAAGCACAGACGGCUCCAGCUGGCCCAUCGUGUCUGGUCAGAGAGCAAAGACAUAGAUCAUGUCCGAGAGAGCGCCUCUGUUGUGGGGAAGCUAAUGGGGUUCGUUGACAUGGAUUUGGCGUCCAGGGAGAUGUUUGGCCUCAACUUCUCCCUUAAACCACGUCCCAAGAAAUCUAGCCUGUGGAAACGGAGCGUUUUGUCCCUCUCCAUAUUGUAAUCAAAGAGAACAAAAAAAAAAGACUGAAAUUUCAACUGAUUCAGUGCUGAGUACUGAAUUGAUAGCGGUGAGAAGUACAUUUGCAAGUGUAAGUUUUUGAUUUUUGGGAGCGAGACUGAGAGUUAGAAGAGAUCUCAAAUGUGUAAUUUCAAAAAGCCACUUCGCAAAAAAAUGUAUUGAUGUUUAUCAUACCACUGAACAAUCUUUGUACUA